AUGACAUUAGUAAUGCAAUUAUUUCUAUAUUUGUCUGCUUAUCAUGCUGGAAAAAAAUUACAUUGGUCAAUGUUAAACAGCGUUCUUCAUGCUCCAAUGUCAUUUUUUGAUACGACUCCUCUUGGCCGAAUUCUCAAUCGUUUUGCAAAAGAUAUUGAUUUAGUUGAUUCAGCAUUGCCCACUUCAUUCGCGUCAUCAUUAAACACUAUGAUUUCUGUUAUAGCCACAGUGAUCAUUUUAAUCUAUGGCUCAUAUUUUGCUAUUAUCGCGUUGUUACCAUUAGCUGUUCUAUUCAUAUUUAUACAGCGUGUCUAUGUUGCUUCAUCUCGUCAAUUACGUCGUCUUGAUUCAACUACUCGUUCACCUGUCUAUUCAAAUUUUGGUGAAACAAUUCAAGGUUUAUCAACUAUCCGUUUGGAAAUUAUAGCCAAUGUUCUGACAUUAGCAACGAGUUUAUUUGCUGUUCUAAUGAGAGAUAAAUUAUCAGCAGGAACUGUUGGAUUAAUAAUAACGUAUGCCAUGCAAAUAACUCACUCGUUAAAUUGGUUAGUUCGAAUGGCAUCUGAUAUUGAGACAAAUAUUGUUAGUGUUGAACGUGUUAAUGAAUAUUCACAGCUUGAAAGUGAAGCACCAUGGGAAAAACCAGAUGUUAAACCGCCACCUCAUUGGCCAACCCAAGGUGGAAUUCAAUUUAUUGAUUUAUCAACACGUUAUAGAGGAGGUCUCGAUCUCGUUUUAAAAAAUAUAACAAUUGAUGUUCAACCAGGAGAAAAGAUUGGAAUUAUUGGUCGUACGGGUUCCGGCAAAUCGAGUCUAUGUAUUACUUUGCUUCGUAUUAUUGAACGUACUCAAGGUAAAAUUAUCAUCGAUAAUAUCGAUAUUACUGACAUUGGAUUACAUGAUGUCAGAUCAAAAAUUACCAUUAUACCGCAAGAUGCUGUCAUAUUUGCUGGCACAUUACGUUUUAAUAUGGAUCCGUUUGGAACGUAUAGUGACGAAGAAAUUUGGAAUGUGUUAGAAUUAGCUCAUCUAAAACGUCGUACAUUUACAGUAGAAAAUGGUUUGCAUUAUCAGUUGACAGAAGGCGGCGAAAAUUUAAGUGCCGGUGAAAAACAAUUACUUUGUCUCGCACGUGCCCUGUUGCGUAAAAGUAAAAUAUUUGUACUUGAUGAGGCUACUGCUGCGAUUGAUAUGGAAACAGAUCGGCUAAUACAGCAAACAAUGCGUUCAGCAUUUAAAAAUGCAAGUUUUAACAAUUGCACAUCGAUUACAUACGAUAUUGGAUAG